AUGAACCUGAAAAGGAUGUCCGGAGAUGAAAUGUCUCCAGACAGAAGCAUCAACAUCUUCCACUGUCUGAUGGAGAUGAAGGAUCUCUCAGUACAUCAGGAAAUCCAAGAGUUCCUGAAGUCAGAGAACAGAUCAGAGAAGAAACUCUCUGAGAUCCACUGCUCAGCUCUGGGCUACAUGCUGCAGAUGUCAGAGGAGGUUCUGGACGAGUUGGACCUGAACCAGUACAACACAACACAGGAGGGAAAAAGGAGACUGAUCCCAGCUGUGAGGAACUGCAGAAAGGCUCGACUUUCUGACUGUGGACUCUCAGAGAGUCACUGUGAAGUCGUGGCCUCAGCUCUGAAGUCCAACCCCUCCCAUCUGACAGAACUGGACCUGAGUGGAAACAACAGCCUGCAGGAUUCAGGAGUGAAGAAUCUUUCUGCUGGACUGCAGAGUCCAAACUGUAAACUGGAGACUCUCAGUUUGGAGAGCUGCAGUUUGUCAGAGAUCAGCUGUGACUCUCUGAACUCAGCUCUGAAGUCCAACCCCUCCCAUCUGGAACAUCUGGACCUGAGUAAGAACCAGCUGCAGGAUUCAGGAGUGAAACAUCUGUGUGGUUUUCUGGAGAAUCCAGCCUGUAAACUGAAGACUUUGAGACUGAGCGAGUGCUGUUUGUCAGAGGUCAGCUGUGGUUCUCUGGUCUCAGCUCUGAAGUCCAACCCCUGCCAUCUAAAUGAUCUGGACCUGAGUGGAAACAACCUGCAGGAAUCAGCAGUGAAAGAGAUGAAUGGCUUUCUGGGCUGUCCACACUGCAGCCUGAAGAAUCUGAGGUCAGUAGAAGAUGGAAGUGAUGCUGAUCAGGACGCUGUGUGUGCUGAGAGGAUGAAGUGUGUCCUGAUGAUCCAGAGGCUGAAGCAGCAGCAGUUUGUGUCCAGAGACUCUGACUGGGCCUUGAUACUGGGAGGAGGACUGGGAACCAGUGUCCAGCGUGUUGUUAUUGUGUAG